CCCUAUAUAUAUUUAGUUAAACAGCAGACGUAGACAGCGCGACUUGUUUUUUGCCCGUGAUAAGCACUACAGCGAGAGAUGUUGCUUAAAAUUUUCCUGACGUUGUUCGAAGUCCUUGGACUCCUCAGAAUGGCUCAGACCCAAGCUUCAGAGAUCACAAUGAAGUCAUGGGGAACAGUUGAUGGGAAGGAAGUCAAAAUGUUCACCCUGAAGAAUCAGAAUCAUCAAGAAGUGGAUAUUCUUAAUUAUGGCGCUACCAUCAGAGCUGUUCGCACUCCUGAUAAGAAGGGGAAGGUUGCGGACGUUGUUCUAGGGUUCGAUAACAUCGAAGGAUAUCUCAAAGCGGACAAUCCGUACUUCGGAGCGACGGUCGGCAGAGUUGCCAAUCGUAUUGGCAAAGGGAGGUUUCUCUUGGACGGGGUCGAGAUAAAUGUCUCCAAGAACAUACCCCCCAACACUCUCCAUGGAGGUUUCAAAGGCUGGAACUCAAAGAUUUGGGAAUCGACGAUUCGAGGUGAUGAAUUGGUGAUGACUCUUCUGAGCGAGGACGGUGAUGAGGGUUUUCCAGGGGCGGUUAUUGCUACAACUGUCUUCAAACUCGACAAUAAUGGGACUCUAUCCAUCGUUAUGAAGGCUUGCGUUACCAAAGCCACGCCGAUCAACCUGACUAAUCAUAGUUACUUCAAUCUAGCUGGACACGCAACGAAUGCAUCUGAACUGUACAAGCACUCGAUUAUGCUCAACGCGGAUCGCUGGACAGUGACCGACGCCGAUAGCAUUCCAACUGGUGAAAUAAGAACCGUCGCCAAUAGCAUCAUGGACCUCCAAACCCGGAAGAUCCUCGGUGAUGUAAUUAAUAAAGUUCCUGGAGGUGGCUACGAUUACAAUUUCUGCCUAGUCAAUGGCGAAAAGAAUCGAGACAGCAAACUAGUCGCCAAAGUCGAUCAUCCUGCGUCAGGGAGAACCCUCGAGGUUCACACCAAUCAGCCAGGUGUGCAAUUCUACACCGCCAACUUCUUGCCAGAAGCCAACGCAAGUGGAAUUUCAGGGAAAGAGGGGAAGAGCUAUUUCAAACAUGGAGCUUUCUGUCUGGAGACACAGAAUUAUCCUGAUGCUGUUAAUCAUGCGAACUUUCCUAAUAGCAUUGUGAGACCUGGGGACUUGUACUAUCACACUGUUGAAUAUAAAUUCGGUGUGCAGCCGUUCGUGGAACCAUUGUAUUGAUUACUCAGUAAAAUGGAACAAUAUCUGAUGCAAAUUAUUGCAUCAUCUUUUUAUAUCAUCUUGAAAAAUUAUAUUUAUGAACGAGUUUAUUUUAUGAUUCGUAAUGAAAAUUGUGAUGAACUGAGAAAAUUAAAAUGGGUGAUUUGUGAUGAAAUUAGUAAAUGGAUGGGGAAUGAAAUGAAAAGCUUGAGUGAAUAAUUAAUUUGAUUUUUCAAUAGCUGUAGAGAUUAUGCAGUUGCUCAUUACGUCAAUUAUGGAAUUGAUUACUCAAUAAAAGGGAACAAUUUUUAACGGAAUAACUGUAUUAUUUUUUUACAAUUCUGGAAUAAAUGAAGGAAUAAGAACAAAUGCGAGAAUUUUUCAGGGGCGAAAAUUGCCACAACUAUCUCCAAACUUCAUGAUUAUGCACAAUUACUUCAAUUUGUUUCAACACGUAUAUUUAUGUAAUUUAAUCAUCCAAUAAUUGCAUUAAUUAUUCAACUAUUGAAUCAAUUACUCAAUAAAAUGCAACAAUAUCUGAUGCUAAUUAUUGCUUCAUCUUUUAUGUGAUGUUGACAGAUUUUGUAUGAUUUACGAGGAAUUGAGAAAAUUACAAUGUGUGAUUUAUCAUGAAGUUGUGUAAAUGGAUGGGGAAUGAAAUGAAAAGCUUGAGUGGAUAAUUAAUUUGAUUUUUCAAUAGCUGUAGAGAUUAUGCAGUUACUCUUCACUUCAAUUAUGGAAUUGAUUACUCAAUAAAAGGGAACAAUUUUUAAUGGAA